AUGAACAACACUUAUAGACAUCUGCUGCCGCUGGACCUUCGGCUCAAUGAAACCACCAGGGAGUCUCUGGCCGGGGAGGACGAACAGGGGAACCUGACCGGCACCGGGACCGGCAUCGAGCCUGGUCUAUGUGAGGCAGUCCACAUCCAAGCUGAGGUGUUCCUGACACUGGGGAUCGUCAGCCUUCUGGAGAAUAUCUUGGUGAUCUUGGCAGUGGUGAAGAACAAGAACCUCCACUCACCCAUGUAUGUACUCCUGUGUAGUCUUGCUGCUGCUGACAUGCUGGUGAGUGUCUCCAACUCACUAGAGACGGUGGUUAUCGCUGCGCUGAACAGACGGUUGAUUGUGGCAGAUGACCACUUUAUUCAACUCAUGGACAACUUCUUUGACUCCAUCAUCUGUAUCUCUCUGGUGGCCUCAAUCUGUAACCUUCUAGCUAUCGCCAUUGACCGUUACGUGACCAUCUUCUACGCCCUACGCUACCACAGCAUCGUGACGAUGCGGCGGGCUGUCCUGGCCAUCGGUGGCAUCUGGCUGACAUGUGUGUUCUGUGGGAUAGUCUUCAUCGUCUACUCAGAGAGCAAGGCAGUCGUUGUGUGUCUGAUCAUCAUGUUCUUCACCAUGCUGGUGCUCAUGGCCACUCUGUACGUUCACAUGUUCCUGCUGGCGAGGCUUCACAUCAAGCGCAUCGCUAUUCUGCCCGCGGAGGGUGUGGUGCCCCAGAGGACCUGCAUGAAGGGAGCCAUCACCAUCACCAUCCUCCUAGGGGUGUUCGUCUGCUGCUGGGCACCUUUCUUCCUCCACCUCAUCCUCCUCAUCACCUGUCCCAAGAACCAGCUCUGUGUCUGUUACAUGUCCCACUUUACCACCUACCUGGUGCUCAUAAUGUGUAACUCUGUCAUAGACCCCGUUAUCUAUGCCUUCCGCAGUCUCGAGAUGCGCAAAACCUUCAAGGAGAUCCUCGGUUGUUUCAGUGCCACUUGUAGUAUUUUCCACUGUAAAUACUGAAGUGUUGUAGUUGUUGGUCAUUUUCAAAUAGGCACAGAAAAGGCUUUCAAUGUGGUUGUUCAAUGCGCUGUGUAUAUGGAUACUGUGUAUAUGGACAUUGUUAUAUGGACACUGUGUAUAUGGACAUUGUUUUAUGGACACUGUGUAUAUGGAUACUGUGUAUAUGGACAUUGUUAUAUGGACACUGUGUUGUGGGACAUUGGACACUGUGUUGUGGGACAUUGUUGUGACAUGUAGGUUUGGCUUAGUGGCUUUGUUAUUGUGAUGAUGUUUUUAUGUGUACAUAGUGUUUGUGAAAAUGUGAGAAGCAAACAGUAAAAAAUGAAAGAUUAAAAUCCAUGAGUGACUAAUUUUAUGAAUUAAAAAUAUUCA